GAUUUUGUUCACCAAUGUCACGACGUCAGAGUCGUCCCGAUACAAGGGAUAAGACCAGGAUAAGACGGAUAAAACCAAAAUACACAUAUACCAGGGCAUAGGAUAUGUGUUUCUUACGAAGCCGUGUGGUUAUAUACUACUAUUACACUUACUGCAUUCAUUUGUCUUUACUGCAUUCGUUUGUGUUACUGAUCUCUUUAUAAAUUUCCCAAAAAGCGUGUGAAUGUAUUAAUUUAAAAGCGAAAAUUACAUAAAGGCGGGAACUUUUCGUGGUACAUUGACUUUGCCUUCAUUUCUUCUUGUGACUCUUAUUGGCCUAAUUUCCAUUUUGUUUCCUUGCUUCACUAGCUUCUGGAGUUGCACUUCAUUUGCCUACAUGUGAUGCAGGUGUUUAGAUUAAAACUAUUAGGUUGGAAGAUGUGAUGGCAAUACACAACGAAUUUCGUUUACCAUCGUCUACAAUGUUGGCAGCACGGUGAAAUGUAGCCUUUGUUAACAAAUACACUGUCCUCUGUGGUGGUGGGAAGCUUCAAUGCCUGCCUUUGAAGUUUUGGUUAGUGUUAGUGAGUUCAAGAAUUGUAUAUACGGCGUUACGUAUUUGAAAAUUGUGUAGAAAUUCGCCGACAUGAAGGAAGAAGAUUUUAAUACGAUAAUCAUUAUGAUACGGUCAUACACAGGAUCUACAAUAGGAUCUAAGAGGACUCUGGAGGCAGAGAUAAAGGCUGUUUUUCCUGAUAUUCCAGAGAAGACAAUUAGGAACAUAUACUCAUUUGAAUAUCAACGAAAAAUGAAACGUGAAAGACCAAAACAUUUCAAAUGUGUAGACAACUGGUACAAAGUGUAUCUCAGAAGGAUACCUUCCUCAACAGGUGUUCUCUUGCAAAUGGCAGAAGAACUUGACAUUUCCCCAGCUCUUUUGGCAAGAAUGAUUUUAGAAAAGCACUAUGAAGAGAAGACCCUUAAAGAUGAUUCACAGGUUUCAUGUAAGAACAUGAUCACUCAAGUAAUGAAAGACACCAGCCUUAUUGAUGAUCCAAUUCUGUCUUACGAAAUAUAUUUGUGUAUUCUACAUGAUGAUCAGUAUGGGCCAAUUUCAGAGUGUGUAAAUUAUUCCACUGGUCAAGAGUAUGAGUAUAAACUUCAGAAGGCUGUACAAGAACUUGGCAUUCCAUUUUCAGAUGAAGAAAAGAUGCGAACAAAGGGUUAUGAUAAAACUCCUGAUAUUAAGUUAGAAAUACCAUUUGCUGUGGAUGGCUUUGUAGUUAAUUGGAUAGAAAGCAAAGCCUUAUUUGGAGAUGAAGAAUGCCAUCAAAAUUUCUUAAAAGAUCAAUUUCUUAGUUACUGGAACAGGUUUGGAACUGGACUUGUAAUAUACUGGUUUGGACAUCUUGAUACAUUGGAAAAUCACAGCAAGAAGAAAAUAAUUAUCCGUGACCAUUUUCCAACAGAAGUCACCAAAUUAGAUCCACAAGUGAUUGAUCCUACUCCUAUUGUUUUAUGAAGUCACUAAAAAUUAGCGCCAUAUUGCUGAUUUCAACUUCCAGUACCUACUAAUUUGUGAUUUGAUUGUUCUACCUUCCUGAAUGGAAGUACCACAAUUCAGUGAAGUAGUGAACAAAGAAUAUCUGUGCCCAUUUUUUUCUAUUAAAUUAAAAACAACAUAUGUCUCACCUGUACUUGCUUGGUAAAGAUCAGACUAGUAUUCAAUUUGAAGAGAGAGAGCUGUGUGUAGUUUUUUUAUUUUUUUUAUUAUUAAUAAAAAAAUAUUUAUAGCUAUUCAUGCAACCCAUUUUU